GUGACCACUGUUCCGCCCGCCCUAACAGUAACACCCUCUCAUUUGCUCCUCCUUGUUCCUUUCGAGCGAGGUCUUUGAAGUUUCCAGGGCUGGGCUGGGCUCGGGUCGUGUUAUAUAAACCGUAGAAUUCUUCAUUUCAACACUCAGCCAGCCUUGGCGGUGAAGAAAUUGUCGGUUUGUCUAAAGCUACAGCAGCUUACAUAAGCAAGUGUUUGGAAUUUUUCUCAUACAACUGGAUCAGCGGCAAUGGACUUUAUUGAUUCGUGGCCUAAUCGCGUAUCGGCUGCCUCCUCCAGGCGGUGCUACUCUCGAUCUGAUCCGUUUCGGGAAAUGGAUGACAGUGAUGUCGAUGAGGACUCGCGACUGGAGUUUUUGUGCCCGUUCUGCGAUGAGGAUUUUGACAUCGUCGGACUUUGCUGCCACAUCGAAGAAGAUCAUGCUUUUGACGCCAAGGCUGGGGUAUGCCCAGUUUGUGCAAAAAGAGUGGGGAUGGAUUUGGUUGGACAUAUUACCAUGCAGCAUGCAAGACCUUUAAAUGUGCAGCCCAUACGAAGAUUACAGAAGAGUGGAUCUAAUCUGAUAUUUUCUAUAUCAAGAAAAGAACUGCGUGAUAGAAGUCUACAAUCAAUUUUUGGGCUGUCUCACAACUUAGUUUCAUCCUUUACUGCAGAACCUGAUCCAUUGUUGUCCUCAUUUAUGUACAGUCACCCUGGGAGUGAUGAGUCUGCAAAAGUAAAAUCUGAUUCAACAAUGGAAGCAAGCUUGACAAUGGAAAGCCUAACUGAGGUUUCGGCAGAAAGAAAUGUUCGGCAGUCGCCCUUAUCGGACAAGGAUCAAGAAGAGAGGGCGCGGAAAUGUAAGUUCGUACAGGGCUGCUGCUGUCCACCUUUCUGGAUGAUGAUGAUAUAUGAGCUUCAAAGAAAACGAGGGGCAGAUCUGCUAUAACGUAGUUUCCUGCUCCUACUCUAAUUUGAAGAAGUAAACGACAAAUGUAGUUGAUCUCAUCAUUAGAGGAAUCGAGGCAGAUAGUGUCCUAGUGUAUGUAAAGAAGCAAAGAACCUAUGCAAAUUACCUUUUAUUUCUACAUUAUGUUUCCUUUUUUCCUCUAUAUAAGCCAAUCCGUGCUGCACAUGGUAAAAUCAUCCAGAGCUGGAGCCUCAGGUAGCACUUCAAGUUCCAAGUCUUACAAAAUGAGAUCUAACUCAUAGCAAGUUGGUCCCUCCUUCCAGCAGCGAGAGCCUAAUCCAUGCGUGCUUAUAGAUAAAAUUACCAAUCCCUAAGGUACUGUAAUGUGUUUCAAACCAAAUUCUUUUGUAUUUUUAUUUUUAUUUUUAUUUUUUUGUUUUUUUAGCAACGGCAUGAAGUCAUUUCCACAAUCCACCACCAAAUGAAAAUGCAGCAACAAAGACUAGCACCAAACUGUAUACACCCAUAGUCCGUAUGA